UAGUAGUAUAGUUAUAAUAAUCUUAGUCUUGACAGAUACCUACUUAAAUGUGUAGGGGUGAAGGUUUGUGACGUCUGCAAUUUAUUUUCACACAGCUUAACAAAAAACCAUAUAUAAAAAUAUAUUUAUUUAUUCAAGUAGUAUACAGAGAGAGUAGAAUGUUAACAUUGAUUGCAUUGGGUAUAUGAUGUGUUCAUUGCACUAUUCUUUCAACUUUUUGAUAUGUUUGAAAUGCCUCUUUAUAGAAAAUUUGGGAGAAAAUACAGACUCUGGGCCUCACUGGUGGCAAAUGGAGCUUUUAAAAGGCCACAGGUGACUCUGCUAUACCAUCUAGGGACGAGAUCCACUGAUCCAAUGCCCCACUGAGCAUAAAACUGAGGUGUAAAUAGUUGAAAGACUUUCCAAAGGACAGAACAAAGGCUGAAAUUCAUGUUUCUUGGCUUCCAGUCCUGUGUUCUUUCUUAUAUAUCCUUUAAAGGAAUUUCCUAGAUAAGAAACCUUACCCUCUUAAACACCUAAAACUCUUUGUCAGCAAACUGCACAAGGUAAGGAAGGAUUUGGGCACCUACAGGGUACUCAGUUGUUAAAGUCAGAUUAUCAAGAGGACUGAAAAUUAUUAGAGGGUGAAAAAACUAUAAGGUACGAAGGGCAAGGGCAGUCCUAGUUUUUACAAACUUGAAUUGUAUUGAAAAGCUAAAUUUUCUCUUUUAAAUAAUUUUAUUACUUUUAGUGAAUAUAAUCCAUGAGAUUGAAUUUUAUUUCACACAUUUGUUAAGAUUUAAUAUAUAGACAAAAUCAUAGAUGAGGAAAAAAUCUGAAAGUCUUGAUUGUUAGUUGGGGAAUGCGGUUACAGAUGAAGUUCCUAGUGUUGAAGGAGUUCCUUGCAGAGAGAAGUGAAGAACUGAAGAUGCAGAUUAGGUCCCAAUGUUUAGUGGGAAAGGCAUGAGUCUUGGCAGUCAGACAAAACCUGGGUUCGAAUUCUGACUCUGCCAUUUACUAGUUUUGUCACAUUAGGCAAGGUAUGUGAGCGCUCCAGAUGAGUUAUUCAGUCCCUCUUGCAGGCAACUGCGCUGGGUGCUCUAAUAAGGCACGUUAACAUAAGAUACGCAAGGUCGUGCCCUCCUAGAAAUCCAACAGAUAAUUAAGGAACGGGGGAUAUUCAGGGGGAGGUUCUAACCCUGAAGGGACUAAGAGCAGCUCUUAACCAGGAGGAGAUGAAGUUGGGCCGGAAGAAGCAAAAGAAGGCAACAUUUUAAGGAAAUAUGCGGGAGCCUGGUAGUCUGGAGCAGCUGAGAAACACAUACAUAGCCUGUGGCUUUAAUGCAGGCGUGUGCCCCGGAAGAAGUUGCUUGUUGAGUGAUUUUUUUGGGCCGAUUUCGGAGACUGUUGGGGGAGUUGUCGCCAUGUUCCUGUCCGCGGUCACCUUUGCCAAGAGCAAGUCAAAUGAAAACAAAAGUCCUCUUUGUGGAACAGAAAAAAAUACGCUCCCUCUAAACAAUGGAUUGAAAAUGAAUUUGAUUUAUAAAUGAGAAGACUGAGGGCGGGAUACUGAUUCAGAAAUUCUGCAGCGUGUAAUAAAAGAAGAGGAAGUGGCACGGAAUCACUGCCUCCUGUGAUUUGAAGGCCAUUGUGAAGGAAAACAAUGGACUGAAAGAAAGUUCUUCAUAUUAGGACAUAUAUCAUUGCAUCACAUUUAUUUAUCUUUCUGGAUAUUUUUAUAGCCCUUAAUAAAAAAUAUUAAAAUAGCGUGUA